AUGAUAGUUGUCCCGACAGGUUUGAACGUAAUCUGUUGGCUGGAUUCUCUCGAGGGAAUUUUCUUUCUUUUCUUUGUAAUUCUGGUUGAAGCGAUGGGGAACAAAGAGACUGCAUCCCUACAGUUUUGCCAGGACUUGCUUCGUGCAAGCUCCUCUUUUCUGUGCCCUUCUUUAAAAAAUUCGUUUUUCCUGAUCUCUUUCUCUCCGUUAGUUUCGCUUCAUUAUUCUGCUUCCACUAACUCCAUCUCUCCCGCUCUCUCUCUGUUUCUCACAUGCAUAUACAUUCUCACUCUCCCCUCAGCCAUUCUUCUUUUACUCUUUCUAUUUUUCUUCUUUUCUUUCUCUUUUCUCAAUACUUCAAUUCUUUCAUACAUUCUUUCUUUCUUUCUUUCUUUUAUUCUUUCUUUCAUUCUCUCUCUCUCUCUUGAUUUCUUUCUUUCUUUCAUUGUUGUCUUCUUUUUUUUGUUUUCUUUUAUUCUUUCUUUCAUUCUCCCUAUCUUGAUUUCUUUCUUUCUUUCAUUUUCUUUCUUUUUUUUUUCUUUCUUUCUUUCUUUCUUUCUUUCUUUCUUUCUUUCUUUCUUGCUUUAUUUCUUACUUAGUUCCUUUCUUUCAUUUUCUUUUCUUUCUUUCUUUCUUUCUUAUUUUCUCUAUUUCUUACAUUCUUGUUUGCUUUUUUCUUUCCUGCUUUCUUUCUUUCUUUCUUUCUUUCUUUCUUUCUUUCUUUCUUUCUUUCAUUCUUUCUCUUUUGCUAUCUUUUUUCUUUCUUACUCAUUUUCAUUCUUUCUUUUUUUGUCUUUUUUUCUUACUUCUUUUUUUGCUUUCUUUCAUGCUUCUUUCUUCCUUCCUCUCUUUCUUCCUUGCUCUCUUUCUUUCUUUCUUACUCUUGCACGCUUUCUUUUAUUCUCACUUCUUUUUUGCUUUCUUUUAUGCUUUCUUUCCUUCUUCCUCUAUUUCUUUCUUGCCUUCAUGUUUCUUUCUUUUUAA